AUGGAGCUAAAAUUCUCAUUUCUUCUGAUGGCAUUAUUGGUAACUCUCUCCUCUUCAACCUCCAUAUCGGAUAGUGUGUUCGAAUCUCAGACGUCGGUUAGUGGAAGGAACCUACUUGCAAUGAAAAAAUGUGAAGUGAAUUUUGAGAGUAUGAACUACACAGGGAUGAUAAAUCAGUGCAGAGGACCGGGGUUUCCAGCGAAAGAAUGUUGCUCGGCGUUUAAAGAGUUUGCAUGUCCUUUCGUGAAUCAGAUCAACGACAGGAGUAGUGACUGUGCAAAGACAAUGUUCAGCUACUUGAACGUUUACGGAAAGUACCCUCCUGGUCUUUUUGCUAACGAGUGCAAAGAAAGGAAAGAUGGAAUUGUUUGUCCUUCUUCUCCACAUUCUCCGACCAUCAUCGCUUCAACCGCUCCUCGAUUCUUACCGCUCUUCACCUCUGCUGUGACCGCUGUUUUGAUAUUUCUAGUGUUGGCUUAA